AUGACACAGUCUUCUACGCCUCGUAUUAAGUCAUUUUCAGAGAAGCUGGGAAUGGCACCCACAGCUACUAAUCCUUCCACGCCGAGCAUCUACCGGUUCGGACCUAACCGACACCAACCUGCGCUAAACGCAUUCACCAGGAUUCGAAUCACUGACCGGAGGUUCACUAUAGGCUGUCCCGCUGGUUCGUUCGCCAGAGCAGCAGAGAUUCCCGAGGCGGAGAGCGCGAACGUGCGACUCGAUUCGAACUUCGACGGCAAGCCAGUACUCGCGGCUGUUACGGAGGCUCGAUUGUGUACAGAUGGAAGAGAGGAGGGAGAAAGUGAGGUAGGAGAGUCAGAGAAGAGCGAGAGUAGAGCGGGAAGGGAGAAGGUGGAUGGCAGAGGAGAGCGUACGAGGCGUGAUAGGAGAGCAAGAGAAUUGGAGGGGAAGGUUGAGGGAGGCGGGAGGAACCAUCGAAGGAGGAGAGGAUGCGAGGGAACGGAGAAGGAGAAAAAGGCAGUGGCUGUGAUUGCUAGAGUGUUGAAGGAGAAAUUUGGGCCUCAGAUUGUGAGAGAGGAGUGGGAGGAGGGGUUUACAGAUGAAAUUAUUACAGAUGAGGAGGAGGCUAAGGGACGACACGAAGAGGAAGAGGAGGGGGAUGGGGAUGAGGAAACAGAGGGCGCAGAAGCUGAGGGCGACGAGGAUCAGGAAUGUAAGGAGGGGGAAGACGCAGAUGCAGAAGCGAGUGAGGAGAACGAACCACCCACAACAUCUCCUCCCACACGCCCUUCUCCUCCACGCAACAGCCCUCGGGUCGUUUCCCCCUCCUCCCUCCUCUCCCUCUACCGCUUCUUCUCCUCCCACCUCGGCAUCUCCUCCCCUUCCACCGUCGCUUCCCUCCUCGGCGUUUGCCCUGAGCUCCUUUGUUCUGAUCCCACCAACGACCUUCUGCUACGAGUCCACCUCCUCCAGUCGUAUGGGGUAUCCCAUUCUGACAUCUCAGCCAUCACCAUGAGAAGCCCUUCCUGGCUCCGAUGCUCCCUUCCGCAGAUUCAGAAAAUGCUUGACUUUCUCUUGGCUCGGGGCAUACCUCGAGCCAAGCUAGGUGCGGUGCUUCGAAGGUCUCCAUAUCUCAUUCGCGCACGAGCUCGUUCAACGAACCUGGACAUAUUGGUGGAGAAAGCAGGGGUUCCUGUGGACAAGCUGGGUGUGAUUAUAGAGAGAUGCCCCGAUAUUCUAUUCUACUUAGUGGAGCUCGUGGGGAAGAACGCAACAGCGAGUGUGGUGCGCAGCUAUGCGUCGGUUCUUCUUCUAUCCAUAGAAAACAUGCAAGGCAAGAUGGCAUUGUUGGACGAUCUGAUCGGUCGAGGGAACGCCGUGCUUGCAGUGGCUCGGUUUCCUUUGCUGCUGGCAUCCAAUGGGGAGAACAUUGAGAAGGGUUUCGGGGAACUUGUGCGAGAAGUGGAAGCGGCAAUGGAGGAGAGUGGAGGAGAGGAGAAUGGGAGGCAUAUGCUCGAGGAAGGUGCACGGAAGCUUGUGCGAGAAGUGGAGGAGGCAUUGGAGGGUCGUGAAGAUGGUGGGUUUGCAAGAGAAAGCCGGACUCCUGAAGCGCCUCAUAUGGAAGCAAGAGAAUGUGCGGCGCAAGGGGGAAGCGAUGCUGGCUGUCAAGCAGGGUCCAAGGCCUGGGCUGAAGCAGGGGCAGAAGAAGGACCAGGUUCUAAGAGCAUUGCUGGCACCACAGCUCGUGAGGUGGUGGUGAAUCUGGUGUUUGGAUCGGCGAAUCAGACCGCGACAUGUGGCACUGCUGAGCAAGGGCUAUAUGUUGGUGCCGCAUGA